AUCCGAUGGGAGGGAGGGUGAGGGACAGAGCUGAGGGGAUUGGCAACAGGUUUGUCUGCGCUGGCCAACAUACCGCAGCAAACAACAAAUCUUUCUAGAAAUCUACAUGACUUUAAUUCACAUGGAUACAAUAGUCAAACUUUAGCUUUAGUGUAGUUUUUCUAUGGUUUAGUUUUUAUUUGGAGAAUUUAUUUGCUUCUUUGUUUUUGAAGAAUAAUAAAGAUGAUUAAGACCAUGAUUCAACACGCGAAGAAACAUCCUGGGUUAAUCCCUCAAUUUGUCUUCCUGACUCUGGGCCUCUGCGGGGCCACCUUCUACCUGAUUCGCUUGGCAAGAGGACCUCAUGUUACCCUGUGGGACAAGAAGAACAACCCUGAGCCGUGGAGCACGCUCGACCCAACCUACCAGUACAAGUUUGUGGCCGUCAACACAGACUACAAGAACCUGAAGAAAGAGGGCCCUGACUUCUAAAGGUCCUCCGGGCAACUCCAGGGUCGCCAAGUUUGGCAGGACCUCCUGCUGUCGCCUCGGUGAUGUGAAGCAUCUUCUUGAACAUUCCCUCAGUUUCACCUCACGCUUCCACGACAACAGCUCUGAGUUAACACUGUAACCCUGUGACCAAAAACUAUUAAAGAUUACAAGAUGAGACAGAA